ACGGAGACUUGACUGUACGUACAUGAGAGUUUAGUUUCCAGUUAGUCUACCGUGUAACAUUGCCCACUUAUAGAUGGUUACUUUUUCAACUAGUUGAAUGUCCGUGUGUUCGUGAUGGUUGCGAUUUUUUUUAUUUUCUAAUAUUUCGCGUCUUUUUUUUUCUGGUGAUUUGUGCGACUGGUUUUGAUUACGCGAGUGAAAUUUCCCCGAUGGCUGUGUCGGUGUGUUCGGUGUGUGUGGUUAUUUGUUGCUGAGGUGAAUUUUUAAUGUGUGAGACGAGAUCGAUGAGGUUUAUGGAAUGGAUCGACAAUUUGAUCAUAUUUCGUACGUUGGAUCUGUUCGAGUGGUAGCUUUUCAGCACGAUCAUAGAUUGGAAUUGAUAAAGCAACAUAUGGAAAGAUACAGGGAUAGCUCCUCGGCCAAGCCAGUACUGAUAGUGGUAUCGGUGACAGGAAUCAAAGUAUGCAGUCCAGAUGGAACGGUAGUUCACAUGGCUCACGCCUUGAAGAGAAUUUCAUACGCUACUUGCGAUCUGCAGCAUAAUCAAUUCUGUUUCCUGGCCCGAGAACCAAAAGGUCACUAUAGUAACCAGUUUUGUCAUCUGUUCGUUACCAACUCGGCGCAACAGGCCGAAGAACUGAAUUCAAUUGUCGGAAAUGCAUUUCGAAUGGCUUACGCGACGCAGUUGAAGAAUCAGAGUACCUGUAACGAAAUGAAAAAGGCCUUGUUGCAUAGUCAAGAUCAUGGAGUUGGCACAUGGAGCAAAUUAAUGACGACUCCGAAUAAACCUAUAGAAACUGCGGCGUCAUCUUAUCGUACUAGUGAAGGAGGCUCAGUCGGGCCGCAGUCGAAACCGAACUCGAUCCCGGGAUUACGAGUUUUUGAAAACAGCUCGUCGCCCGGAUCGAAUCAAAGUACACCGACCAGCGAUGAGAGUAAUUCGCCCACCGAGCUAAAUAUCUACAAAAGGCUGCUGGAGAAACCGCCAUUAAUUAAAAGAGUUCCGGUUAACAUAAAGGAAAUUCUACACGAAGAAGGAUUUCCUUCGACCAGACCAACUCCGGAAGGAUGCAUAAGUUUUCAAAAAGAAACUUGUACUUUGUCGCCGAAUGCCAAACGUAAAAGUAGUAAAACGGAAGUUUACGCUUUAAGAAAUAUAACCAGGUGCGAUGUACCAUUUAGUCAUAAAGAUAAGAAAACCUUACCUUCGGAGAACAGUUGCAGUAGUUCAGAUAACGACGAUUGCAAAACGUACAAAAGGCAUAGGCAUUCUAGCUUGCAGACUAAAACUUCGUUACCACCACCUCCUCCUCCUCUACCACCCGAAAGAGCAGAUAGCUUGAUUAAACAUAAGGAAGAAAACGAGCUUAAACUUGCUCCUUGGUUUCAAGCCGGAAUUCCCAGAGAAAUAACCUUAGAAGUAUUAAGCCACGAACCAGUUGGAGCAUUUAUGGUACGUGAAAGCACGACCAAGUCAGGCUGUUACGCUCUAUCGUUACGAGUACCGCGAGAAUACCAUCCGAGAGGAAUCGCUCAUUAUUUAAUCAUUAGAACCGGCAAAGGUUAUAAAAUAAAAGGGUUCACGAAAGAGUUCAGUACGCUGACGGCGUUAAUAACUCAUCAUUCUGUGAUGCAAGAAUUGCUACCGUGUCCGUUAUCGUUGAACAGAUAUAAUCCUAGUUUUACCAAAUCCGAUACUAGUAAAGAUUUCGAAGAUAUUGAUUCGGAUCCUGAUUAUAACACUUUGGCUGAUUUUAGAAAAAUGAUGGCUGAUUUGAAUGUUUAAACAGGAUGUUUUACAGAUUCCUAAGUGAAUGAUGAUGGGUUGUUUGUCGUAUACUUUAUAGUCAGUUUGCAACAACGAAAAAGUUGCCGUUACACAUUGCUCCGGUUCCUUGACUGUAUUUGGAAUUGAGUUGAUUGUAUUAGAAUUACAUCGGUUCACUUACUUGGAUUAAGUGAUCAAUGAUGUGAAUUACGAAUUAGUAUUUAUAAUGUACGUGCUGUGUGUUUUUAGAAUAAACAUUUUUUAAUUUCCAA